AUGGGAACAAUAAGCAAAGCAAUAUUCAAUCGAGAUAUUGCGGAACUUGUUGAGAAAACGGCAAAUUUAGAUCUCAGGUACCGGUGGCAGUUUAAUGAUUAUAGAAAUGGGCAAUUUUUAUCAAACAGUUCGGUAUUGGAGUUGAAUGGUGAAACAGUUUUACGCACGUUUCAUAUUACUUAUAGUGAAAGCUAUGAAGUUCCCAUAUUGUGGUUUAUUUUCAGCCGGCAAACCGGUGCUUUAUUAAGCAUAGAGGAAAUUUUGAAACUGAUGCCUGCUGAUAAACAGAAAGCAAUAUUGGCAGAUUGUUUAACUUCAAUAUCUCAGCGCGAGCAUCCUAUCUUCAAUCUUCUUUUCUACCACUUUCAUCCCUGUAGAACAGCAGAUCUUAUGAAGACUAUUCGCUAUGAUAACUAUGUUAUUAGCUGGCUAUCAAUUUUUGGCUCACUUUUGCAUUUACUGCCAUUACCAAAUGAAAUAUUUGUAAAAAAUGACUUCGCUGUAAAUAACAAAUGUUGGAGUAAAUAA